AUGACAGCUAUCUUAAACUGGGAGGAAAUAUCCCCUGUUUUGGAAAAAGGCGCCCGCGAAUCACUUGUGUCUAAAAGAGUUCCCUUUUUGCAAAGCAUAUCAGAAUUAGUUCGUCAAGAGACAUUGGAAAAACCUCAAUUAUCCGAAAUUGCUUCUUGUUUGCUGAAUACUUUUGUGCUUUAUGAAGACAACAGUUCCAAAAGUUUGGUAACUUCAAUAUUGCUCGACAUUUUGAAUUUAGAACCAUGUCUUUUAGAAAGUUUUGUCCAAUUCAUUUCUGACGUGGUCAUCAGUAAUCCAGCUACUAAGGCCGUGGCUGAUUACCUCAACCUGUUAGACUGGAUCAAUUCCUUCCUUGUUUUUGUCUCGCGCAAUUCGAUGUUAUUUGAAGAAUAUCUUCCAAAAUUGUUGGUCGCUCAUUCCUACGCAACUUUUGGUGUUGAGACUAUUCUUGACAACCAAGAAGAUAGCAAGAAACCAAAGGAUAAACAAAACCAGCAUAGAAAGAGAAUUCGUCAAUGCAUAUUCCAAUCGACUGUCAAGACAAUGCUUAAAUGCCUGAAGGACAACGACGAUGGUAUGUUUUGCAUGCAAACUGUAACUAAAUCUGUACUAGAAGACCAUUCAAAAUUAAAGAUGACUAGUGUUGGUGUGGUUUUGAUAAUGGGUGCGCUAACUCAAACUGCAAUUCAGUUGUUGUCAAGGCAACCAGCUCUGCAAUCCGCAUUGAAGGAAAGUUCAGUUGAAAAGUAUUGCGAAUAUUUGGGUAAAGAAGUUCUUUUGGGUAAGAAUUCACCAUCUCCCUUUUGCUUAGAAGUUAGUCUAAAACCCUUUUUAAAAGAAUUUGUUUCGCAAAGCUUGUUCACCAAAUUCUUCGUUCCCAAUAUUGAAAAAGCAAUUUUAAGAUCUCCCGAAGUUGGUUUUUCAAUUUUAUCUGAGCUGUACACUGGAGUUUCUCCAGGCAAAAUAAAUCUCUUAAAUGUCUUUACAUCUUCGAAGCUUCUAAAUCAAUCCUUCUCGGCGUUAAAAAGCUCAAAGGAUGUAGUUAGAGCUAUCUCGCUUCAUUCCGUCAAAAUCCUAUUUAGAAAAAUCUCAAAAAGUGACACUAACUCGGAGGACUUAAUGAAGGUUGUCGAUGAAAUAUUCAGAAAUAUCAAGUCAAAUUUGAACGCUGAUUACAAAUCAAUGAUUUCCAAAAUCCUUAUAGAAAUACCCUUAACACACCGUGAGGUUUCAGAGAAAAUUUGUAAAAAUUUAUGCCCAUAUAUUGGUAAAGAAGGUAACGAAGUUGCUCUGACUUCAAUGCUCAAUGCCUUCUUCAUCCAUUACUUUAGUCUAGAAGGCCCUGUUGAAGAUUUGAAUAAGAUUAUAUCAGCCGGUUUCACGGAUAAGAAACCACCUCUGAAGAAGUGCUGGUUUGCCACUUUUCUGAACAAUUCCGAUUCUGCCUCCGAAGAGGUAUUUCUGAACUUCCUGGACGGCUGUUUCGAAUUUGCAAAGGACUCCAUUAUGCAUUAUCAAACGCAUGGGCAUACAUGUAUUCUUGCAUCAAUUCAAUUCAUAAACAAAAUAUUGACAUUGAAUAAUACUCAGCUAAAUGGUCGUGCUAUACAGCUAAUAGAUGCUCUUCCCGAAAAUACCACAAUAGGUGAUGCUAUCUUGACCAGCACUUUAUCAACGGAACUCUCCAUUGAGAACCGCAUUCACGCUGUGGUUCUACUACAAGAAUUGUUUCAUAAGAAACCAGAAAUUAUCGGAUUCAGUGUCAUUGAUGCAAUUGAAAGAAGAAUGCGUGCACAAGAAUUAAUACCUCAACAAAAUACAUCAUUCAAAUACAUUACAACUGUACUACUGACCAUUACAUCUGAGUUGCCUGACAAGGAAGCUUUAAUAAAUGUAUUAAUUGAUGUCCUGGUUAUAGCUCAAUGGGAUAUUUUUAACGUGAAAAAUGGCUGGGCUGGGCUAGUUUUACGCGCAAAGCUUGAUCCGGCUGAAGUUGUUAAAAAACAUGCUGACGCUAUUAUGGACAAGAUUCUUGAAAUCACCAACAAUAAUGAAUGGAUAGAUACAAUUUACGGUUCAUGUGGUCUACAAGCGGCAGCGUAUGCUGCAUUUAUUCAACCCUCAGAGUUUACUCCAAUUCUCUGUAAAACAAUCGAGGCAGAUUUAUCAACAAAUGAUUUAUCACAAUUAUCUGAAGAAGAUUUCAAUAUUUUUGCCGGUGAAGAAGGUAUUUUAGUUGUCGAUGUUCUGGAAGAAAGUAUGAAUAAAAAACUUUCGAAUAAAAACUCCAAGGAAUAUGAAACCCUAAUAUGGGAACAGAAGAUAAGGAAAGAGCAGGCCAAGAAAAGCGUCAAAAGAUUAUCAAAGGAGGAACAAGAGCUCGUUGACAGACAGUUGGCCAAGGAAUCAAAAAUCAGAUUGCACGUCUCGGAAAUUUUUACUCGUUUGAAGCGUGGAAUUAAAUUGAUAUUCGAACUCUCCAAAGCUGCCUGUUUGGUUCAAAACGGUAUUACUAUAUGGUUUCCUUUAGCGGUUACAAAGUUCUUGCAUUUAUGUUCGGAAGAUAAUAUUCUAAAGUUAACGGAGGAUGUAAAUAAGGUCUUCUUGCAGCUUUCUAAAAACGUCUCCGAGAGAUUGGGCAACAUCAGGCUUUUCCUUGGUUUAGCAACUUUGCGAGUACACAAUGCAAAGAAUAUCUCAGAGAACUAUUUACAAGAACCUCUGGUCGAAUUACUGACAAGAGUUCUUUUCAGGAUAAAAUUUGUUUCCGACCAAGCAGAACUAGAUCCUAUCAGUCUCACUUAUAUUUUACCAUUGUUAAUCAAUGUCUUGGAGAAGGGUAAAGCUGCUGCACUAAAGAACGCCGACAAGCCUGUUGUUAAGGCUGAGUUUGUUGAAGAAGAUGAAGAGGAAGAGCAUUUGUUGCUGGCUAUGGAAAUUAUUUCCGUCCAUGCGAGUGCUUUUGAAGAUCCUUCCAUUCCUAGAAUCUCCAUCAUUGAAGUUCUUUUAUCUCUUCUGUCUUUGCCAUCAAAAGCAAAGAUCGCCAAAGAAUGUUUCAAUGCUCUCUGCCAAAGCAUAUCUGUUGCUCCGAAUCAGGAAGACCUUGAUAUUAUAUUAUCAAACUUGCUAUCACCUAAUCAAUUUGUUCGUUCAACAAUAUUAGAAAUAUUAGAUAACGAAUUCGAAUUGGAGCCUUUCAUGAAAUUCUCACCUGAGAUUUUCAUUUGCAGGUUUGAUUCAGAUCCUUCCAAUCGCGACGUUGCAGAUUUUAUUUGGGAAUUUAACAAAUUUGAAAUCAACGAUGAACUACUGAAGAGUCUAUUUUCACUAUUUAACCAAGAUGAUAGUGGAUUGAGAUUAUUUGCAGCCAACGCUUAUGCAUUUGGUGCAGUAAGUCUAUUUACUUCUGAGGGCAGUUCCUCAAACACUUACUUAGACGCCUUAAUGAGCUUUUAUAAACAAAAGGCAAAACCAUUAGAAGCAAUUCUUGAUCAAUUUGGUUUAGUUCUUGUGUCUGCGAGUGAGCAAAAAGAUCCUUGGCAAGGAAGAAGUACAGUCGCAAUAACAUUGAAGAUCAUGGCUAAGGCUCUUUCUGCGGAGGAAAAUACUGUUGUUAGUGUGAUAAAGUUUUUGGUCGAUGACGGAGGCCUAGUAGACAGAGAGCCAAUUGUUCGACAAGAAAUGAAGGAGGCUGGUGUUGAAUUAAUUACAUUGCACGGGUCACAAAACUCUGAAGAGCUAAUUCCUAUAUUUGAAGAAGCUUUGAGCUCCAGUAGGGAUAGUGCUUUGAAAGAAAACGUUAUUAUCCUUUAUGGUACGUUAGCAAGACAUUUGCAGGAAAGUGAUCCAAGAAUUCACACAAUUAUUGAAAGAUUGCUUUCCACUCUUGACACUCCCUCCGCAGACAUCCAACAGGCCGUUUCGGCUUGCAUAGCACCAUUGGUUUUCCAGUUUAAGCCAAAAGUUGGUGAAUACUUGAAUCUUUUGAUGGAGAAACUAUUGAAUCCGACUGUUGCAGUUUCCAUGCGGAAAGGUGCUGCUUGGGGUAUUGCUGGUUUAGUUAAAGGUUACGGUAUCUCAGCUCUCUCGGAGUUCGAUAUCAUUCGCAACCUCAUCGAGGCUGCAGAAGACAAAAAAGAGCCAAAAAGACGUGAAUCUGUUGGAUUCAGCUUUCAAUACUUAUCCCAAUCUUUAGAGAAGUUUUUUGAACCAUACGUGAUUGAGAUUCUUCCGAACAUCUUGAAGAACUUAGGGGAUGCUGUUCCUGAAGUCAGAGAGGCAACUGCUCAUGCUACAAAAGCUAUAAUGGCACAUACUACAGGUUACGGUGUCAAAAAGUUGAUUCCAGUAGCCGUCUCUAAUUUGGAUGAAAUUGCAUGGAGAACUAAGAGAGGUUCCGUCCAAUUGUUGGGUAAUAUGGCCUAUUUAGAUCCUACUCAGUUGUCAGCAUCUUUGUCUACUAUUGUUCCAGAAAUUGUUGGUGUUCUAAAUGACUCUCAUAAGGAAGUGCGUAAAGCUGCUGAUGAAUCUUUGAAAAGGUUUGGAGAAGUUAUUAGAAAUCCUGAGAUUCAAAAAUUGGUACCUAUUCUCUUGCAAGCCAUUGGUGACCCAACAAGGUACACCGAAGAAGCUUUGGAUUCGUUGAUCCAAACACAAUUUGUUCAUUAUAUUGACGGUCCGUCAUUAGCGCUAAUCAUUCACAUUAUCCAUCGUGGUAUGCAUGAUAGGUCUGCUAAUGUUAAGAGAAAGGCAUGUAAGAUUGUCGGUAAUAUGGCUAUUUUGGUUGAUACUAAGGAUCUCGUCCCAUACUUGCAACAACUGAUAGAUGAGGUUGAGAUUGCUAUGGUUGAUCCUGUUCCAAAUACGAGGGCCACAGCGGCUCGUGCAUUAGGUGCAUUGGUAGAAAGAUUGGGUGAAGAACAAUUCCCAGAUUUGAUUCCUCGUCUAUUAGAUACACUGAGUGACGAAUCCAAAUCUGGUGAUCGUCUCGGUUCAGCUCAAGCUCUGGCGGAAGUUAUUAGUGGUCUAGGCUUGACCAAAUUGGAUGAAAUGUUGCCAACUAUUUUAGCUGGUGUAACUAAUUUUCGUGCUUAUAUUAGAGAAGGCUUUAUGCCUUUGCUUCUUUUCCUUCCUGUUUGUUUUGGAUCCCAAUUCGCCUCAUACAUUAAUCAAAUUAUCCAGCCUAUCCUUUCCGGAUUGGCUGAUAAUGACGAAAAUAUUCGUGACACCGCGUUGAAAGCUGGUAAAUUGAUUGUCAAAAACUAUGCUACGAAAGCAGUUGAUCUAUUGUUGCCUGAGUUGGAAAGAGGUAUGUUCGAUGAAAAUGAAAGAAUUCGUCUAUCUUCUGUUCAAUUAACCGGUGAACUAUUGUUCCAGGUUACAGGUAUUUCCUCCAAGAACGAAUUUUCUGAAGAAGACGGUGACCAUAACGGUGAGUUCUCCGGUAAAUUGGUCGAUGUACUUGGUCAAGAUCGUCGUGACAGAAUUUUGGCCGCAUUAUUUGUUUGCAGAAACGAUAUUUCAGGUAUUGUUCGUGCUACAACAGUGGAUAUUUGGAAGGCAUUGGUUCCCAAUACGCCAAGAGCUGUGAAAGAAAUUUUACCAACAUUGACUGGUAUGAUAGUUACUUACUUAGCUUCAUCAUCAAGUGUAUUGCGUAACAUUGCUGCUCAAACCCUGGGUGAUCUUGUUCGUCGUGUAGGUGGCAACGCUUUAUCGCAGUUGUUACCAAGUUUGGAGGAAUCUCUAAUAGAAACAUCAAAUCCAGACUCUAGACAAGGUGUUUGUAUAGCCCUUUAUGAGCUAAUUGAAUCUGCUUCUGCUGAGACAAUAUCACAAUUUCAGUCUAUUAUUGUGAACAUUAUUCGUACGGCCUUGAUUGAUGAAUCAGCUACAGUUAGACAAGCAGCUGCAUUAUCUUUUGAUGUCUUUCAAGAUGUUGUCGGUAAAACUGCUGUUGAUGAAGUUUUGCCAUAUUUGUUGCAUAUGCUCGAAUCUUCUGAUAAUUCUGGCUUUGCUUUGUUAGGUUUACAAGAAAUCAUGUCGAAGAAAUCCGAUGUCAUUUUCCCAAUCUUAAUUCCAACCCUAUUGGCCCCACCAAUAGACGCAUUUAGGGCUUCAGCUUUGGGUUCUUUGGCGGAAGUCGCUGGCUCAGCUUUAUACAGGCGUUUGUCAAUUAUAAUUAACACGCUGGUUGACGCAAUCACAACGGCCUCUAAUGAUGAAUCCACCAAAACUGCAUUGGAAGUUGCAUUAAACAGAAUAUUCCUAUCUGUGGCUGAUGAUGAAGGUCUUCACCCACUACUUCAACAAAUAAUGUCACUACUAAAGAAUGACAACGUAGAAAAGCGCAUAGCCGUUUUAGAGCGUUUACCAAAUUUCUUUGAUAAGACCACUCUUGAUUUUGAUGUUUAUAUUAACGACUUCGUCUCGCAUGCUAUUUUAUCACUAGAUGAUGAGGAUUCAAGAGUUGUCAAUGGAAACUUCAAUGCUCUAUCUACUUUGUUAAAGAAGGUUGACAAACCCACUCUAGAAAAAUUGGUUAAGCCUGCAAAGCAGUCUUUAGCCUUGACUGGUAAACAGGGCGAAGAUUUAGCCGCCUUUAGGCUGCCAAAAGGGCCAAACUGUGUUUUACCUAUCUUCUUACAUGGUUUAAUGUAUGGCUCUAAUGAUGAAAGGGAAGAAUCUGCGCUAGCCAUUGCUGAUGUUGUUUCGAAGACACCUGCUGCUAAUUUGAAACCAUUUGUGAGCGUCAUCACUGGUCCAUUGAUUCGUGUUAUAGGUGAAAGAUUCAGUAGUGACAUCAAGGCUGCCAUUCUGUUUGCGCUCAAUGUGCUGUUUAUUAAAAUUCCGAUGUUUUUGAGACCUUUUAUUCCUCAAUUACAAAGAACAUUUGUUAAAUCUUUGUCUGAUGCUACCAAUGAAACACUGCGUCUUCGUGCAGCAAGGGCUCUUGGUGCUUUAAUUGAACAUCAGCCUCGUGUUGAUCCUUUGGUGAUUGAGUUGGUGACAGGCGCCAAACAGGCGACUGACGAAGGUGUUAAGACAGCAAUGCUAAAGGCCUUGUUGGAGGUCAUCGUUAAGGCAGGUUCUAAAUUAAAUGAAGGUUCAAAGACGAAUAUUGUUAACUUAGUUGAAGAAGAAAUGCUAGGCAGCAACGAUAAAUUGGCCGUUGCUUAUGCUAAAUUAAUUGGGUCAUUAUCGGAAAUUUUGUCCCACGAUGAAGCCCAUAAGAUUUUGCAAGAUAGGGUAUUAAAUGCCGAUUUAGACGGAGAAACUGGUAUGUUUGCCAUUUUGACUUUAAAUUCCUUUUUGAAAGAUGCUCCUAUACAUAUUUUUAAUACAGGCCUGACAAAUGAGAUCGUCAGCUACAUUUUGAAGGCGUUCCAUUCUCCUGACGCUUACUUUGGAGAAAACGGUGUUAUCGCUGCUGGUAAAUUGCUUUUGUUGGAAGGAGAGAGAAAGUCUCCUUUCGUUAGAACAGAAGCAGCAGAACCAUUCAAAAUUGGCGAUGAAAAUAUCAAUCUGUUGAUUAGUGAGUUAAGUAAAGCUACCUUACAACCAGCUAGUAAUUCUACUGAUGUAAGGAGACUUUCUUUGGUUGUCAUAAGAACAUUAGCAAGAUUUAAAUUCGAUGAAUGCUUAAAGCAGUACUAUGAUGUCGUCGGACCAUCUGUAUUUGCAUGUUUGCGUGACCCAGUUAUCCCAAUAAAACUUGCCGCUGAAAAGGCGUACUUAGCUUUAUUCAAGUUGGUUGAGGAGGAUGAUAUGAAUACGUUUAAUGAAUGGUUUUCCAGAGCCUCUGAUGGCGCUGAUAGAAUUGAAACCAUCACGGGAACUUCCAUCCAACUAAGAUCAAUUGGAGACUAUACUAAGAGAGUUGGUAAAAGAUUAGCAAAUGUCGAAAGAGAAAGAAUCGCCGCCGGUGGCGAUGCGGAAACCAUGUAUAGCGAUAGAUUUGAAGAUGAAAGGGAAAUAUGGGCUGUUGGAGGUGUUGAACUAACCACUGAUAUUUGA